AUAUAUACCUUUGAACAGUGGAAGAGUUCACUGGGUAUUGGUGGUGGUUGCUGAAAAGCUAGAAAGCGUGACAAGACAUCAGACUCUGCCCACCAAGAAACAAACACUUGCAUGCUGCCUACAGAUUCGCUCCUCCGUCGCCAUUACGAUCGAUGGCAAUGUCUCGACCAACAUCUGGGCGAAGAGAUUCUUUGGAAAGCCUCAAAGCGGGAGAACCAAUGGCAUGUCUUUCUGAAUCGCCUGCUGUUCAUGGACGACGCCUUCUCGAGCUGCUGCAAGAGCAACAAGAGCCUUUCCACUUGGAUGUUUACCUUCUCGAGAAAGGGCACUCGGAUAGGAUUCUUGCAUCCCGGUCUGCAAGCAUUACCUGUUGGCCUGGUGGGAGUACAUGCACGAGUCUGCAGAAGCUGACAUGCCGUCAUCUGAGAACUUGUAGAGACAUGAUGAAGAAGACGCUCUGCGGAGCGGAUGAGAAGAACUCUCUGAAUUGGGAAAGAAUUGCGCGGAAUCAUUUGAGGGUAGACUCGAAACGACGCAGUCUCGUCUCGACUCUCGAGCUGCGUUGUGGCCGACCAGUCGAUCAUGUUCGACAUGUACAAGGGAAGAUGUCAACCGUGGGUUUGGAUUUGCCAGCCAAAGUUCUUGACAUCUUCAACGAGCUGCUUGAGGUAGCUUAUACCCCAGCCUUCUAUGAACUCAUCGGAUCAAAGUGGCAGCUGGAUCAAUCGGACAAGCUUUUGGAUUCCCAUGAAUGUUUCAAUCAUGAGAUUCCUCCGUUGUUGAAGCAAAAAGCUCUCUCUACCAUAAGAGAGCUGACAGUCUCAGAGCUAGCAAGCUCCAGGAGUGAGUGGAGUCGAUUCCAGCUUCAGAUGAGGGAGAUUGCAAUCGACAUAGGAGCUGCCCUCUUCGAAGAUAUCAAAGAAGAAACAAUUCUAGAUAUUAUAGGCUCUCAUUGUACAUCUCAGUGGAGUUCAUCAUCACUGUAGCAGUAUGGUACACAUCAGUUCAGUAGAUUCAGGAGCCUCCUUUUAUCUCUUGUGAAUUGACAUGGAGUUCUUCCUCGCUGGUUUCAGAGAAAAUGGACCACAGAAUCCUCUUAAGACUCAUCAAUUGAGAUUGCUUGAGUCAUAUCUGUACUAGUUUUUUCACCCCAUCAUUGAAGACUCAACCACCAUGACUACAUAGAGGAACAAAACAAAUGUUCAGUAAGCAUGUUGCUGCAGCCUUUUAAUUUUCUAUUGUGGUGAUGAUGCUCGAUUGAUGUUAGAAUAAGUUGAAUGAUCUG